CCUCCAUAAAUACCACAGCAGUAUAGAGGAGGAGCCACUGGGGCGAAGAUGCUGUCAGGUUGCCGUGGUUUCAGCCUCCCGUUUCUAGUGACGACCGUUGCUGGGGAUGUGUGUGUGAGACUGAAGGGUGUUUGAGUGUGUGGUGUGGUGUGUGUGUGUGUGUGUGUGUGUGUGAGAGAGAGAGAGAGGGAGAGAGAGACUUGAUCCUUCGUGCUUUGAGAAUACAAAAAAGGAAGGAAGGACACAAGGAAGGAGACAAGGACAGAAAGAAGGAGACGAGGACAGAGGAAGGAGACGAGGAGAGAGGGAUUAACUAAACUGGAAUUUCGCUGUUUCCAUGGUGUGAGAGACAGGAAGAGAGGAUCCAGUGGAUUAGAUCUGGGGAUCGGGUGGUGGCAUGGAGAGUGGCUGGUGUGCGAGGCUCUGACUCCUUCCUGGUCCUCAGGUUCCUCCUCAGCUCCUCCCAGUCUCCUGCUGGAGCCACGCUGUUUAAGGAGUCAUGACAUCGCAGGAGGAGGCGUCUUCCUUCAGGAGGUUUUUUCAGUACGUGGAGGACAGCGGGCUUCGAACCUACGACGGCCUAGUGAUCCAGAAUGCCUCAGACAUUGCCAGGGAGAGCGACCGCAUCCGUAAUCAAACCAACUGGACCUACCUGCAGGAAAAACACCAGAAGAAGAGACGUCAAGAGGAAGCCAUCAAAAGGAUUGGUGAAGAUGUUGCCAGGGCAACGGAGGGAGCUUAUUCUGGGAAACACUUCAGAAUGGGUUUCAUGACGAUGCCGGCACCCCAGGACCGACUGCCCCCCCCCAACCAGGGCUUCACUGUACGCUCCCAGUCACUCCAUUCAGUGGGGGGCAGUGACGACGAUGCCAACCAGAAUCGAAAACAGCCGCCUCCGAAACCCAAGAGAGACCCCAACACCAAACUCAGCACCAGCUCUGAGAUGGUGAACGGGAGUUCAGGGGUCACCAGGAGCCCAAAAGACGCUAAAGAGACCAAAGAGUCCCAGGACCAGGCCGAAGGGAAGUGUCAUCCCUACACUGACGAGCAUAAGAAGAUGCCUCCUCCAAAACCGAAAAGGAAUCCCAACACUCAGCUCAGCACCUCCCUUGAUGAGUCUUACAUCCGUAACCAUGGCAACAAGUCUUCCUUGCGAAGGGAUAAAUCUUCGUCCCAAAGCCAGAGUCCAGUAUCUCGAGAUACUGACGACGAGGAGCCUGUCUACAUUGAGAUGGUGGGAAAUAUCCUGCGAGAUCUGAAGAGACAGGAGACGCUGGAGGACGAACAGGCCGAGUCCGUGUACGAGGAGAUGAAAUAUCCCGUGCUGGACGACUUUGUCCACGACUCAAAAUGGGACAACAGCGGCCAAGCCAUGGUCAUCGACCCUGAAUCGAGCCAUUCGUGCACUCCCCGCGGGUCCGUGUGCGACAUCCCACCUCCCUUCCCCAACCUCCUCACUCAUCGCCCGCCACUCCUGGUCUUCCCCCCCGCCCCCGCUCAGUGCUCUCCAAACUCCGACGAGUCACCUCUGACCCCUUUAGACGUCACCAAGCUGCCCAUGUUGGAAAACGUCAGCUACAGCAAGUCCGGGGCCACGCCCACUGAAACGCCGCCAAGCUCUGCCCAGCAGCGCAAGGACCGAGAGAGGGAGAGAGAGAGAGAGCUCCCCUCUACUCACACCAUCACGUCCUCAGGUCGUUCGUCUGCUCCUCCCCUCCCCUCACACCUCUACAAGUCCUCUAGCUCCGCCCACGGCGGUCACGGUUACCCUCGCAGUCAGUCGGCGUGUCCCUCCCCGGUGAGCAUGGGCCGCUGCCUGACUCCUCUCAGUCUGAAGAGACCGCCUCCAUACGACGCUGUGAUGGCAGGAGGAAGCAUGCCUCGCUCCUCCUCCUCCUCCUCUUCCUCCUCUUCCCAGAGGGUCCAGGAAGGCGUGAAGCUCAGUAACUCGUCCUCUGCCCACGGCUCCAUGCAGAACGUGUCGACGAGGUCUCGAACACCGACCAGCCCGCUGGAGGAGCUCAACAGCCUGUUCAGCUCCGGGAGGCAGAUGCUGAAGAAAGGCUCGGGGGGGAGGAAGGGCCGGGAAGGAGAGGGUGAGUCCAGGUCACUUCCCAGACAUGACAGCAAGGAGAGAGAGAAAGAGUGGGACGGACAAUCAAGCCCCGCCUCCAGCAGGAUGGGGCGGUCCUCUGUCAGCCCCACCAUGAUGCUGGGAGGAGGAGGAGGAGGAGGAGGAGAGUCCAAGGCCGUGUGCAAACUGGGCCGCUCAGCAUCCACCUCGGGGGUCCCCUCCCCCGGGGGGACCCCCCAGCGCCAGCCCCACGACCCCCACCCAGCCCUCAGCCAGAUGCCGUGGCUGUGCGGCGACGCCACCAUGAUGGAAACGAUGGAGAAGAAGCGGGUUCUGUGUCGGGAGAUCAAAGCGCGACAGCGGCCGGAGAAGAACCUCUGCAAGCAGGACAGCAUGCCCAUCCUGCCCAGCUGGAGGAGGAAGCAGCCGCCGCCGUACCCGCCGCCAUACCCGCCACCAGCCACCGCUGUGUUCUGGGACACCGCCAUCUAACACACACACACACACACACACACA